ACCAAACAAAUAGUUCCAAACGCUCUCAACCUCCAGCGCGCGCGCGAGGUCCUCCGACCUCCGCAAACCCCCACGCGCGGGGCGGCGGCCGAUCCCGAUGUCUGAACCUCACGCACUGCCACCUCCACCCCUCCCCCAUCUUCCUCCACCGCCAUGCUCAUGCCUCCUAAUCCUCUCUACAAGCAGAAGUCGUGGUCCCCGGACGCCUACCGCGACGAGGCGUGGCACCGCCGCAAAAGCAACAGCAGGAAGCAAAAGCAGCGGAGCAAGAGCGUCACCGACGAAGACCUUGACGAGUUGAAAGCAUGUAUUGAGUUGGGGUUCGGGUUUGAGCCGCCGCCGGAGGAGGAGGAUGCUGACCAACGACUCUCCGAUACUCUUCCCGCUUUGGGACUCUACUACGCCGUCAACAGAAGCUACAAGUCUUCCACCACUCCGACGUCGUCGUUCUCGCCGACACCGUCGGAGUGCGACUCCCACUCCCCCAUCGGCAGCCCCCACACCAUAUUCGGUCCCGGGGAUAAUCCACAGACGGUGAAGGCAAGGUUGAAGCAGUGGGCACAGGUGGUUGCUUGCACGGUGAGGCAGGGUUCGAGCUGAAAUUAUCAGGGGUCAAAUCGUCCACGGUUACUUCUGAACCAAACCAGAGUUAUCAAUGUGACCAAGCAUCACCGUCAAAGCUCAAUGAUAUGAUUCUAAUUUCCUACCCCCACCGACUGCGGUCGAUUAAAAAUAGCUGGGGGAACUUAAAGAAUGUGGUAGUAGCAGUAAUGGUGACCAACUUGUACUACUGGGAUUGACUUUGUGCUUUUGUGUUUCUUUAAUUGGUAACUGGCACAUGUUCUAUUUGUCUGCUCUCUUUUUUUACCCGUUUAGUAGUUAGUACUAGGCUUGUGUCUGAACCCAGAAUGUAAAAAAGGCCAAAUUGGUGUUGGUUUCAAUGAUUGUGUCUGAUACUCUCUGAUUGAUUCAGGUUUUGUAACUUCCUUUUGUGUUUCACUGUUUAGAAAUACACAUGCAGUAGCUCUCAAA